AUGCUACUCGUGAAAGUAUUUCUCGUCAUAUUUGCAUUUAACUGGCCAUGGAGUGAUGGAGCUCUUAGUGUACAAUUUCCUAUAGCAGGCCUUUUUAACUCAAAAUUUUUGGCAGCUACGGAAAUAGCUUUCGAAAACAAAUUGAACUCCAGUUCUACAAAGCCCUAUCAUGGAAGGUCAUUUCACUCAGAAGUUGUUGAUAGUUAUUCUACUGCUCUCGAGAUAUGUAAACUUACUUCUAAUGACAAAGGCAUAGUCGCCUUGGUGGAUGCAAGGCCAACUAAUGGAAUUUGUGACAUUACUUGCUUAUUGUGCAACCGACUUCAAAUACCUCAUUUAAUGCUAGGAUGGGAACUACCAGUAACGUUAGAGAAGAAUUUGUUUACGUUUUCGUAUUACCCUCCACCAGAACUGGUUUCAAAAGCCUAUGCAACUCUUAUCAAAAAACUUCAAUGGGAAAAAUUCACAUUUUUCUACGAAGACGAUGGCAGUUUUAUCCGUCUUCAAGAAGUGAUACAUUCAUGGCCAUAUAAACAAGAGCAAAUUUUAUACAAGCAGUUAGAUCCGUUGGGUGACAACCGCGAAACUUUUAAAUACGUUUUUAAGGUAGCUCACAUGAGCCACCAUAUUUUGGAUUGUGAUACAUGGAAUAUACAUAAAUAUAUGAAAGAAAUUAUUCAAGUUGAUAAUUCAACUCAAUAUCAAAGUUUCAUAUUAACCAAUCUCGAUUCUUAUAUGGUAGAUUUAAAAGAGAUUGUUGAUUUGAGGGCGAAUGUUUCUACACUGCACAUGACGAAAUCGGAUGAUAUAGGUUGGAAAGAUAUAAACAUGGACGUGGGAAACUAUGGCAUACGGCUUGAAACAGCAUUAGCUGCAGACGCUUUGAGUCAUUUAGAGAAAUCUAUAUCAAGUAUAGAUAUAAAUAAUAUAAAACGGUUACCCAAUCCUCCACCGUUAUGUCUCAAAAAUUCAGACGACCCUGAGACAGAGUACAGCGUUUGGGACAUGGGACGUGAUCUAAAUGAAGCAUUGAUAAAGACGGAAUACUCUGGUUUUACGGGAAAUAUUUCGUUUGACAAAUUUAGAAAAAGGAGAUACUUUAUACUGUAUUACUCAAAGUUGAGUUAUGAAAGUCAGUUUAUUAACGUUGGUUACUGGAAUUCUAAAACCGACACAAUACUGGAUGAAAGAGUAGUGACUGAACGUUCUCAAGCUCGCACACCUAAAUCUUUAAUAAGGAUAGCGUCCAUUCAAGGAAAACCUUAUUUUGAUAUGCAAGUGUUUAAAAACGGAACAGCAACAUACGAAGGUUAUGCAGUGGAUUUGAUACAGGCUAUAUUUGAAUAUAUAGAAAAAGAAAGACAUGAAAAAUAUGAGUAUGAAUUCUAUCGAGUUGAAGACUAUGGAAAUCCAAUUGCGGGGACCAAAAAAUGGGAUGGUCUAAUUGGAGAAUUGUUGGAACAUAAAGCGGAAUUGGCAAUAUGCGAUAUUACAAUCACGUCGGAGCGCAACGCAGUGAUUGACUUCUCGACGCCCUUCAUGUCCUUAGGCAUCAGUUUGCUGACUAAAGAACCGGAAGCAGAAGAGCCAGACAUGUUUUCGUUUAUAAAGCCAUUGUCUUUAGACGUCUGGCUGUAUUUAGCAACUACGUAUAUUAUUGUUUCAUUUGUAUUAUUGAUUUGUGCUCGUAUGAGUCCAGGAGAUUGGGUGAAUCCGCAUCCUUGUAAUCAAAACCCAGAGAACUUGCAAAAUAUAUGGAGUCUCUACAAUUGCAUGUGGCUUACCAUGGGUGCAAUCAUGACCCAGGGUUGUGAUAUACUACCAAGAGCUAUAGGUUCCCGAUGGGUUACUGGCAUGUGGUGGUUUUUUGCUCUUAUUGUGACUGCAUCCUACACCGCCAACAUGUCUACCUUCCUCAGUGAAAGCCGACGGAGUAAUGAAAUUACUGACGUAAAGGAACUCGCUGAUCAAAACGCUAUAAGCUAUGGAGCACUUUAUAAUGAUUCGACUUAUAAAUUCUUUGAGACGACAAACGACACCCUGUACAAGAAGCUAUGGAGUGUAAUGAAAUCUGCUAGGCCCACUGUUUUUACUCGUACAAAUGACGAGGGUCGAGAACGUGUACAGAAAAGUAAAGGGAAAUACGCGUUUUUCAUGGAAUCCACAACCAUUGAGUAUUACAUGCAGAGACAUUGUGAUCUAAAAAUGGUCGGUUCAAAGUUAGACUCAAAGGAUUAUGGUAUCGCUAUGCCUAAAAAUUCACCUUAUAAAACAGCAAUCGAUAUCGCAAUAGUCGCGCUUCAACAAGAAGGGACCUUGUUAAAUUUAAAACGAAAAUGGUGGGAAGAAAGGGAUAAUGACGGAAAAUGUCAAAAAGAAAAGAAACAAGAAGAAGAUGACAGCGGUUCAUUGCAAAUGAAAAAUACUAGCGGAAUAUUUUUGGUGCUAUUGAUCGGUGGAGUUCUAGGGUUUUUCGUAGCUGUUAUAGACUUCCUUCUACAUGCUAAGGAGAUUUCUGUGAAGGAAAAGAUAACCUUCCAAGAGGCACUAGCCAGUGAAUGGCGAGUGUCUCUAGACCCGCGAGCUCUACAUAAGCCCGCCGCUCCCCCACGCUCGGCCGCACCGUCCACUGCCUCUCCAUCUCCGCAAAGAGAACGGUCGCAAUCAAGAGCCGUCUCUGUUCUCAGAGCUGCAACAUCAUUCAUAAACUUCGAUGAAAUUUAU